AUGAAGUUUCCGCUUUUACCCGAUACCGUGAUCGACAACAGUCUAGUGUGUAUGAAGGAGAUGCAACUCCCUCCAAGAUCUUUCCUAACGGUUAGUCUAGGUGAUGAAGGUGAGAGUUCUGUGUUCGCACCAUAUGCGAUGAAUAUCAGCCAUCUUAUGAGGACAAGAUUAAUUGCUCGGCUGCUGAACAGCGCAUUAGUAUUUACACUGUGA